AUGGCAAUUGCAAUCCGUGCGUUGUUUCUUGCAGGGCUUCUCAUCAGCCUAGUCUCGGUAGCUUCUGCCAUUGCCGGAACUGCCACUUACUACAAUGUUUAUGUUCCAUCAGCAUGCUAUGGAUUCCAAGAUCAAGGUGUGAUGAUAGCAGCUGCAAGCGAUGCACUUUAUGACAAUGGUGCUGCAUGUGGGAGAAUGUACAGGGUGACCUGCACAGGAGCUACAAACCAAGGCGUACCACAGCCUUGCAAAGGUGGCAGUGUUACUGUCAAGAUUGUUGAUCGAUGCCCAUCCCCAGCAUGUCGAGCAACCAUCGAUCUCUCUCAAGAGGCCUUCUCUCAGAUCGCUGACAUUAACGCUGGAAAAAUUAACAUCGAUUACACCCCUAGAAAAUACAGCGCAACUCAUCAAGUCUUGAAUCCUAACAUUAGAAAAAAUGACCCCAACAUACCUCUUCUUUGUUUCCAUAUUUCCUCUUUCACUUCCUUCCUCUCCUCUGUCCGGCCCCGGCCACAUAUCGGUGGCCAAAUGGAUGUUUCUUCGAAUAAUUCGAUGGGUGGAAUACAUUUAAAUAAAACAAGGAUUCAAAAAUGCACAAGCUUACCACCAUACGUGAAUUCAAAUGGUUUUUUGCAAGAUGAAGAUUCAUUGAAGGCUUCAUUGCCGAUAUUGGAACUGCAUAUGUUCGCAAUUUUUCUCAUCAGCCAUGGUUUUCAUUUCAUUCUGAAGCGUUGGGGCAUCCAUAUCUUGGUUUCACAGAUUCUUGCUGGAGUGAUCAUUGGGACAACAGUCCUCGGACGGGAUGCAGAUUACGCAAGAGUCUUUUUUACAAUUGAUAGUAAACAAAUACUUGGCACGUUAGCUGGAAUUGGUUUCCAACUCUUAGGAUUUCUAAAUGGAAUUAAAAUGGAUUUAUCCUUGGUAAGGAAAACAGGGAAAAUGGCAAUCUACAGUGGUAUACUAUCGAUGGUGAUGCCUGUACUAAUUGGUGGGGUAACCGCUAAGAUAGCCAGCAAGUACUGGAGUCUAAAGAAAAUAGAUAAGCUCUCCCUCUACUUGGUGAUGUUAGUGCAAUCUAUGACUCCAUUUCCUGUCGUCUGUAACUUCAUUGGUGAUCUUAAACUAACGCAUUCUGAACUUGGUAGAAUGGGACUGUCUUCAGCUCUAACCAGUGAAAUGCUGUCCCAGUGUGUAGCACUAUCUGCUUUCUUUCUAGGCAUUGCCUACAAGCAGCGAGCUCCAGAAGCCGUCAAAGCCAUUGCAAUUUGUAUAGCCUUUUUGAUUCUAGUUUUAUAUGUAGUGAGGCCGGCAAUGUUCUGGGUGAUCAAACAAACACCCAAAGGCAGACCUGUCAAAGGUGUAUACACCGACAUCAUCAUCUUGGGUGCCUUUGUAUCUGGUGCGUUAUUUGAUUAUUUUGGUCUAAACGUGUUCCUUGGAUCACUUGUUUUCGGAUUAGCUGUACCAGCAGGUCCUCCACUUGCAUCAGCUGUAGUCGAGAAACUUGAAUGCAUAGUCACAGGUGUACUUGUACCUCUCUUUAUGGCCAUGUGCACGAUGGGAGCAGAUUUCUUAAAGAUCGAUUUUGGUGACUAUUUACUGAAGAGCACCGCAAUCGUCGUCUUUGUAGUCAUCUUGACCAAAUUUGUUUCUUACUUGGUACCACUCUUGUAUUUCAAGUUGCCAAAACAGGAUGCCUUGUCACUUGCUUUCCUAAUAAGUACCAAAGGGAUCGUUGAGCUUGGCUCAUUUACGUAUAUGAAAGAACUAGGGGUAUGUUGA